UGUAAACAAACCUUUCGUACUGCAUGCAUACUCUAUGUGUACGGCACUUUAAUAAUUUCUAGUCAUCAGUUGAAUCCUGACAGAUCAGAUCUCAACAAUGAUCAAGUGUAUUGUGUUGAUGUUGUGUACUGCCCUGGUGUACGGUGGAGUACCGUCUUGUCAAACCGUCUGGGAGGAAAAAUGUUUGGAUGAACCUCGUCAACAAUGCACCUCUGUUCAGAAACCGUUCACAACAACAACAAGUGAACAACAAUGCAGUACGGUAUUAGAAAAGCAGUGCAAUACUGUGUACGACACUAAGGUUGACCAGGUACCUAGAGAAGUAUGCAACACCGUGAGUAUGCAGGAGUGUAAUCUGGUACCCCGGGAGGAGUGUAAGAGUAUCCAGGUUCCUCAGAUCAAAUCAGUCCCAGAGCAGAAGUGCAAGUCUGUUCCUGAAGAGAAGUGCUCUACUGUCCAAGAGCAGGAAUGCAAGAAUAUCGUUGAACAGGAUUGUGCUACCAAGUAUGAUCAGGAGUGCUGGACUGAAUACUCGGAGAAGUGUGACACCGUCCAGGAGCAGGUUUGUGACACUGUAACAGAAACCCAGGUAGAAUUUGUAACCCGGCAGAAGUGUGCUCUGGUUUCUGUACAAGAAUGCCAUGAUGCUCCUGAGCAAGUGUGUCAGCAGGUUCAGAAACCUGUCACUAAAACCAAGCAGGUUGAAGAGUGCUCCACAGUAUAUGAUCAGCAGUGUAGUACUAAACAGGAAGAGUCCUGCUCUACUGUUACCGACCAGCAAUGUAAAACUGUAUCUGACCGCCAGUGCUCUACGGUGACUGACCGCCAGUGUUCUACUGAGUAUAAGAAGGAAUGUAGAACUACAACGGUCCAGGAGUGCACCAGUGUCAAGGGAGUACAGAAGUGCUGGGAUGAACCAAGAGAGGUUUGCGACCAGGUUCCAAGUGAGAAAUGUUGGGAUGAGCCCCGUCAAGAAUGCCGUGAAGUCCCAAGACAGGAGUGCAAAGAUGUUCAAAGACAAAACUGCGUUCAGGUUCCCCGUGAGGAGUGUAACCAGGUUCCUCGGCAGGAGUGUAGACAAGUACCAAGAUCCUACACUACUACAGAGAGUGUUGAGGAGUGUAGUACAGUUACUCGUCCUGUGUGUCGUCCAGUACCUAGAAACCAGUGUAAGGACGAACAACAACAGGUGUCAACUCUCGUCCCAAAACAAAAGUGCUACUCUAAACCCAAGCAGGUUUGUCAGCAAGUUCCAAACCAAGUUUGUAUACAGGUUCAAAGACAAGAAUGCAAUCCGAUUAACAGACAAAAGUGUCAGUUGGUUCCAAGACAAAAGUGUCACACAGAAACUAGACAAGCGUGUACUACUGAGUACAAGGAUGUGACUAGCUAUGUAUCGGAGCAGUCCUGCAGUACAGUACAAGAUAAGGUCUGUAACUCUGUGCCCAAGCAGGUCUGCAGUACAAUCACUGAUUCUGUUUCUAAACAGGUACCCCGGGAGGAGUGUAAGAACGUAUCCCGUCAAGAUUGUCGAGAUGUUCCAAGGCAGAGAACUGAUUAUAGAACUGAACAAGAAUGUAGGACUGUAUCUGAGAGACAGUGUAGUAAGGUUUCCCGUCAACAGUGCAACUACCAUUCUUCAUGAUCUUACCAAAUCUUGAUGAAUUAUAUAUUUGUGUCGUGCACAAACAAAUUGAUAUAAUCCAUGUUUUAUUUUUAUUCCGAUCUUGUGAUAAUUUUAUCUUCAAUAAAAUGACUUUAUAACUAUU